UAGGCGUUGAAGCUGUAGAAGGAACACCCUGUUAAUUUUCCGACUCGGCUUAUUUAUCAGGUGGUUGGCUGGCUGCAGUGUGUGGUUGAUGGAGUCUGUGGGGGGCAAUCCUCUCCCUUACCCCCAGCUUUCUUUGUGCGCGGUUGUCCUUUCCACCUCUGGCCUGCUUAGCCAAACUCUGAUCAUAAACUUCUCACCCAGACCAUCUUGGGCUGGCCAUUCUCUUUAGGUAGGGCCCCCUCAGCAAACUGCCCCCAGGCUACUCUCUAAUGGAUCUAGAAGGCAUGAGAAAGUUAAACUCCCAAGACCCUGUGGGGCUGUGAGUCCAGGGUGAGCACUUCAGCGCGGAAGGAGCGCAGGCAGACCACCAUUUGUUACCUACUCUGCUUGAUUGAGUUGGGCUAAAUGCCCUGACAACUUCCGAAGAGAUGUGCUUUUCAGACACUGAUUUUAGGGGAGUGGGGUGAAGUGUGGGAGAAGAAGGGAAGGGGAGAGCGAGUGUCUAGUAACCUGAACAAAGGUGAACAUUUUUUGAUAUUGUGAGCCAUCAGUUAUCAGAAUGUGGGUAAGGUGUAGCUGUGAUUAUGCCGAUGUAGCUACUCAUGGGACCCAAGUAUUGACCCCGGUGGUAGCUUUCACAUACUUGAUAGCAAAAAAAAAAAAAAAAAAAAAAAAAGCCACCAAUAGCACUUUGCAUGGAUGCCUGUAUGUCUCUCUCUGUGUCUACUUUGUCACCUGCGCUGCCCUCCCCCUUUUUCUCCAUAACAAUUAGUGAAUCUAUGGGUACAUGACCUUCUGGCACUGUACGCUUGUGGCCAUUCUGUGAAGUGAGUUAGGAGGACAAAGAUCUAGGCCAACUUUCCCUAGUGACAUUCCCGUUCCCCAGACAAUCGUAUUUGUUGUCAAUCUCACUUGUUAUUGGUGACAUCAUCAGAACUUUGAUUUAUUUGCGAUGGAAUCCUCCCUCCCACCCCCAAAUAAGACUUUAUGUAAGCCUUAACGGACCUUGGCUCAGGAUUUUGGAAGUGAUCUUCGUCACCAGGUUUCAAGAUGCUACGAGUACAAAGGACCAAACUGGGCAGGCUGGGGCUCAGCUUGUACAAAGGGCUUCACCACAAGGCUGUGAUGGCCCUGAGGCGGGAGGAUGUGAACGCCUGGGAGCGGAGGGCACCCCUGGCCCCCCGGCACAUCAAAGGGAUCACCAACCUGGGGUACAAAGUCUUAAUACAGCCUUCCAAUCGGCGGGCCAUUCAUGACAAGGAAUAUGUUAAAGCUGGUGGCAUUCUUCAGGAAGAUAUUUCUGAAGCUUGUCUAAUUUUGGGAGUUAAAAGACCCCCGGAGGAAAAAUUAAUGUCUAAGAAGACUUAUGCAUUCUUCUCCCACACAAUAAAGGCUCAGGAGGCCAACAUGGGCUUGUUGGAUGAGAUUCUAAGAAAGGAAAUCCGACUGAUCGAUUAUGAGAAAAUGGUGGAUCAUAGAGGAAUACGGGUAGUGGCAUUUGGACAGUGGGCAGGUGUAGCAGGGAUGAUCAACAUUUUACAUGGAAUGGGGUUAAGGCUCCUUGCUUUGGGACAUCACACACCUUUUAUGCACAUUGGCAUGGCUCAUAACUACAGGAACAGCAGUCAGGCUGUGCAAGCCAUCCGCGAUGCCGGCUAUGAAAUAUCUCUGGGUUUGAUGCCAAAAUCGAUAGGGCCCUUGACAUUUGUGUUCACAGGGACUGGUAAUGUAUCUAAGGGAGCCCAAGAAAUCUUCAAUGAGUUACCUUGUGAAUAUGUGGAGCCACACGAAUUAAAAGAAGUUUCCCAAAAUGGAGACCUGAGAAAAGUCUAUGGGACGGUGUUAAGUCGCCAUCAUCAUCUUGUCAGGAAAACAGAUGGUGUGUAUGAUCCUGUAGAGUAUGACAAAUAUCCUGAGCGCUACAUAAGUCGUUUUAAUACUGAUAUUGCACCCUAUACAACUUGUUUAAUUAAUGGAAUCUACUGGGAACAAAACACCCCUCGAUUACUAACUCGCCAAGAUGUCCAGAGCCUCUUGGUUCCGGGCAAGUCCUCGGUUGCUGGUGUGGAAGGCUGCCCCACAUUACCACACAAACUUGUGGCAAUAUGUGACAUUUCAGCUGACACAGGAGGAUCUAUAGAGUUUAUGACUGAAUGUACGACAAUAGAACAUCCCUUUUGUAUGUAUGAUGCAGACCAGCAUAUUAUUCAUGACAGUGUCGAAGGCUCGGGGAUUCUGAUGUGUUCCAUUGACAAUCUGCCAGCACAGCUUCCAAUUGAAGCUACAGAAUACUUUGGAGACAUGCUUUACCCUUACGUUGAAGAAAUGAUAUUAUCAGAUGCAACACAGCCUCUUGAAAGUCAGAAUUUUUCUCCAGUGGUGCGGGACGCAGUGAUUACAUCCAACGGUACAUUGCCUGAUAAAUAUAAAUAUAUCCAGAAACUCCGAGAGAACAGGGAGCUUGCUCAAUCACUUUCAAUGGGCACCAAGAAAAAGGUCUUGGUUCUUGGAUCUGGUUAUGUAUCUGAGCCUGUACUGGAAUAUCUGUCGAGAGAUGACAGUAUACAAAUAACAGUAGGCUCUGAUAUGAAGAACCAAACUGAACAGUUAGUCAAGAAAUAUAAUAUUAAUCCUGUUAGCAUGGACGUUAGUAAACAAGAAGAGAAAUUGAGCUCCUUGGUGGCAAAACAGGACCUUGUCAUCAGCUUGUUGCCUUAUGCAUUGCAUCCUCUUGUGGCCAAGGCAUGCAUCACAAGCAAAGUUAACAUGAUCACCGCAAGCUACAUCACACCGGAACUAAAAGAAUUAGAAAAGAGUGUGGAAGACGCUGGCAUCACAGUUAUUGGCGAACUGGGACUGGACCCUGGUCUUGACCAUAUGUUGGCAAUGGAAACUAUAGAUAAGGCCAAGGAAGUGGGAGCCACGAUUGAAUCUUAUAUUUCCUACUGUGGCGGGCUUCCAGCCCCGGAACACUCGGACAACCCUCUGAGAUACAGAUUCAGCUGGAGUCCAGUGGGAGUUUUGAUGAACAUAAUGCAGCCUGCCACCUACCUGCUCAACGGAAAGGUUGUGAAUGUCGCAGGGGGCAUCUCCUUUCUUGAUGCAGUGACCCCCAUGGAUUAUUUCCCCGGAUUAAAUUUGGAAGGCUAUCCUAACAGAGACAGUACGAAGUAUGCUGAGAUUUACGGCAUCCCAUCUGCGCACACUCUGCUGCGGGGGACACUGAGGUACAAGGGUUAUGCCAAAGCUUUGAAUGGAUUUGUAAAACUGGGUCUCAUAAACAGAGAUCCAUUUCCUGCCCUUCGACCUGAGGCCAACCCUCUCACCUGGAAAGAACUCCUUUGUGAACUUGUUGGGAUUUCACCCUCCUCCACGCAUGAUGUGCUUAAGGAAGCUGUCUUUAAGAAAUUAGGAAGAGACAAUACCCAGCUGGAGGCUGCUGAACGGUUGGGCUUACUUGGGGAUGAACAAGUCCCUCGAGCAGAGUCUGUGGUGGAUGCACUCUCCAAGCAUUUGGCCAGGAAACUCUCCUAUGGCCCUGGAGAGAAAGAUAUGAUUGUGAUGAGAGACAGUUUUGGAAUCAGACAUCCUUCCGGACAUUUAGAAAAUAAAACCAUUGACCUUGUGGUUUAUGGGGACGUCAAUGGCUUUUCAGCCAUGGCGAAAACUGUGGGGUUACCCACUGCUAUGGCAGCCAAGAUGUUGCUUGAUGGUGAAAUUAAAGCUAAAGGCCUGAUGGGGCCCUUUUCAAAGGAGAUCUAUGGACCAAUUUUGGAGCGAAUUCAAGCAGAAGGCAUUAUAUAUUCAGCACAGAGCAUAAUCACACCAUAACUGAGAAUUAUAUCUUGUUAUCUUCCCAUGUAGCGUCGUUUUGAACAUUUGUGCAACAAACAUGCUUGCUAAUGUACUACUUUGAAAUAUAAAGCAUGAUAUUUUUUUUGAGUCAGUCAAUGUAAUGAUAUUUUUAAAAUAUAAGUCUCUAUUUUAAUAUGAAAGCAUUUGGAAAAGGAGAUGCCAGUAAUUACCAGAGAAGUUUAAUAAUUCUACAUGUAUUUUUUUCACGUGUAUGUAAAAGUGAUGAUUGUGUUAUAUGUUAAUUUAUUGUGCAGCCUUUUUUCUUAUAAGAAUAUAUUUUCCUAUCAUCAGCAGAUAAACUUUUAUCUUUUUUGGUAAGAAAAAAAUUUUUCCACAGCUAUAUUUUUGUAUUUUUCAAAUGAGUCAGUUAGACACUUUUAGAUUACUUACCUAUGAACCUUUGCAAUAGUUCUGUUUUAUGGCUUUUUGGUAAAAUUAUGAUUUAUCUAGUAAAUAACAUUUCUUAUAGUUUUCUUUUGAGCAUUUGGAAAAAGAAAUAGGUAAGAUUAAAUGAAAAUCCACAUGAUCACCUUGUUAGAGACAGAAAAAGCAUUUAACAAAAUCUAACACCCUUUCAUAAUAGAAAGACUCAAUAAACUAGGAACUGACUUUUUUUAACCUGAUAAAGAACAUCUAUGAAAAACCCAUAGCUAGCAUCACAUUUAAUGAUGAAAGGCUGAAGGAUUUCCCCUUGAAAUCAGAAACAAGACAGUAAUAUUUGCUUUUGGCUCUUCUACUCAACUUGUACUGGAGGGUCUAACCAGGGCAAUUAGGCAAGAAAAUGAAAUUAAACACAUCCAUAUUUGGAAAGAAGAAGUAAAACUAUCUCUAUUUGGAGAUGGUAUGAUCUUAUAUAUAGAAAAUCCAAAAGAAGACUUUAAG